CUUGAGAGCCUGGCUUAGCCUAGCUGUGUGAAACAGGCAAGAAUAUCAAGGCUACAUGCUAACUGGCUAGCCAGAUUGAUCAUAAAAAGUAGGAUAGACAAAUAUAACAAAAUAUUGCAGACCGUAGUCAAAUUUUGACGUCGAUGUUAUAAGCUCUGUAUUAGUCAUUUAGAAAAAAAAUGUCAACUCCAGCAAGACGACGUUUAAUGAGAGAUUUUAAACGACUUCAAGAGGAUCCUCCAGCAGGAGUAAGUGGAGCCCCGUCAGAAAAUAAUAUCAUGGUCUGGAAUGCAGUCAUUUUUGGGCCAGAAGGGACACCUUUUGAGGAUGGAACUUUCAAGCUCACAAUAGAAUUUACAGAAGAAUACCCAAACAAACCCCCCACAGUUCGUUUUGUCUCCAAAAUGUUUCAUCCAAAUGUAUAUGCAGACGGUAGUAUAUGUUUGGACAUUCUUCAAAAUCGCUGGAGUCCCACCUAUGAUGUAUCUUCAAUCCUAACCUCUAUACAGUCACUACUGGAUGAACCAAACCCUAACAGUCCAGCUAACAGCCAGGCAGCUCAACUGUACCAGGAGAACAAGCGAGAAUAUGAGAAGCGUGUGUCAGCCAUUGUAGAACAGAGCUGGCGAGACUGUUGACCCCUCUGACUUCACCAAGUAUGAACAGUACCCAGCCUCCAUACAUCAGUCUCGCGCAAGACUAAAAUAAAUACACAUCAUGUUUUGAAUCUUCCUACUCUUACUCGGUAGAAUUGUCUGUUCCUUAGCUGUUUGCAAGGUUAGAGUGCUGUUGUGUUGUGAUCUCCCUCAUGCAGGACCCUCUCCCCCAAAAGGCACAUUUAUACUAAAUUAUAUGUACCAUGUUGUGCCUGGGUUAUUUGCAACAUGUUUUUUUUUUUACCGCCACCCCUUAAAUUGGACAUGUUCUUUUCUGCCAUAUUUUACUUGGAGUUUGCCCCCUUAGGUGCAAGUUGAGUGCUCUUUGAUUGUUAACGAGAGUUGGUUGCAUUGCAGUUUGGUGUAAGGAGUUAUAUUUUGAUCUGGUGUUCUUAUGCCCAAAUUCAGUGAAUUAAGUCUCACAUAAACUUCAUGUUUUAUUUACCCCUUCUCACUGAUUUUUACCUAAGCUAAAUUAUGUGUUUUGUUUAAAGAAACUAAAUUUAGUUCAGGCAGACAGGUCAGUGCCUGAUCUAAGUUUUAUUUGACAUCCCUAGUACAAUUACGACUGGUGGUGUAAACAUACAUUUGUAAUGUCAGAAAAGGUAUGGCUGUCUUACAUUGUGAUGUGCAUUCUGAUUAAGAGUAUCCACCAAGAUGGGAGUAUCAAAAAAAAAAAAAUAGUAUCCACCAAGGCAUAUCUUCAACUUCCUGUUAGAAAGGAGCUCUUGUUUUAUCAGUUUGUUUUGGAUUCAGUUUUUAAAGGGGAAACUGUUCUGAAGCACAUAAAUUGUGUCACUAAUCUUGGACUCAGAAUGUAUCGACAAGGCACUGUUGAAGAUGUAUACUCACUGUCAAUACACUGUCCCCUACCCUGUUGCUACCUGGUUUGCAUGGUUUACUUGCGCACCUUUCUGGUUUGAUUUCAAGUGCCGUUUACUUCUCAAUCCCACAAGGAGUUUCUAAUCCAACAGCCUGGGCAUGACGCUCUUGUGUGCUUGUCCUCUAAUGCAGCGUCUGAUUCCAAUCAUCUGGAUGAACAUUUUUUCUAAUGCACAUCAAAUUUCAGAGUGUCAAAUUUGCACUAGUAACCCAUGUAAGAAACUGUACAUUUUCUCACUUCUUGUAAAUAAACAGUAAAAUCAAA